CACAACAACACACCUCUCACUAAGGCCCUCCUUCAUCCCUCUCCAGGAGAGAAGAGGAGACACGAGAAGAAGCAUCUGGUGCAGAGCCCCAGUUCCUACUUCACGGAUGUGAAAUGCCCGGGAUGCCAUAAAAUCACCACUGUCUGCAGCCCUGCAGAAACGGGUUUGUGUGUAGGCUGCUCCUCCUGUCAGCCUACAGGAAGAAAAGCAGGGCUUCCGGAAGGAUGCUCCUUCAAAAGGAAGCAGCACUGA